GUCGCGAAGCUCAACGGCAACACCACGCUGCCUGAACACCUAACACGCCUGAGACUCGCCUACGCCUCAGCCAUCGAUAACACUUGGGCUCUAUCUCUCCACUCUGCCCAUCACCGCCUGUCCCCUUCCAGGAGCCUUGCCUGUUUCGGCCCACCGAGAAGCGCCGCCGCCACUGCCCCCGUUAGCUAUAACAAAACGUGCCCGGCCACCUCCACCCAGACUUGAUGCUCUGCUGUCAUCGAGGCUACUGGUAGUCGAGGGGACAUUUUCCGCUUACUUUCUUUCUCUACACCUUCCUUUUAUUUUUAUUUUACUCGCUUUCCUUUCUUAAACGACCGCGGGCUCGGUACUGCUCGUAUCCCUUCUUUAUAAUUCCUGCACAAUGGGCAAGUUAAUCAAGAACCACUGGGCUCGUCUCAUCGUCCUCACAGCCGCUGCUUACCAAAUAACCGCCGGUUUCCACUGCUUCUUCUGGCCCAAGAUCUUCUGGGAUUUCCUCACCAAGAACCUCGAUGGCGCCGUCAAGCCCGUUCCCGUCCUGCAAGUUCUCAACGUUAUCCUCGGCGUAGUCGGUGUCGCCUGGGAAUGGCCAUUGCCUCUGCUCGCCGGCAGCGGUCUGCAUCGCUCCAUUGAAGCACGCCUCAUCAUGUAUCCGCUCAGUGCGCUGUGUGCACUUCUCAUUUACCAGGGCACAAACGCCGGCCUCUACUACAUUGUCGGCAUGAUGGUGUACUUUUGGGCUUACAGUGAAGGCGAGGUUGUCUGCCCAGAACCUUGGACUCUGCCCAAGCGCGGCGCGAGCGCCCGCAAAGCAGGCGUUUAGUUUCUUCCACUCGUCAUAAUCACAAAACACCUUUCGCUUCACGCCCUCGAUUCCAAACUAUACCCAGCGGCCCGAAUUUUUCUCAUGUACGACGUCCAUGUAGACGUUUUUGUACGGCUCUCCUUUUCCUCUGACUCACCCUCUCCCACCUUAUUUCUCUGGCAGGCAUCUCCCCGGUUUUAGCGAUUGGAAGCGGUUGGCAUUGUCCAACAUGAUUGAUUUGAGCAUCCCUCUAUCGAAAGAAUUGUUUAUCAAGCAUGUACAUCUAUCUAUCUUAUGAUACUACUACCCAUCAACAAGAACGAGAACGAAGAACGCAACGAAAAAGAGAAACGAAACGAACGUCCACGUUUCUCAAAACAGGAGCUGGCGAGAAACUUCAAACGUCUCUUUUUCUCUCUUUCUGAUGUUUUUUU